GGUACCCAAAUAUUGAACUUACUGACACAGGUGUGUCUUUUGACGGUGGCUCACUCAAAAGCUGCUGCUGAACUGCUGCACCCUCUGCUCAGUUUCUGUCAUUGAAGGUCUGAUUUUCACCAUGGACAUGGAACUUGGAGAGCGAAUAAUUUGCGAAACUAAACGAGUCUGUAAAAAAGGUCAUUAAGUACAUACAAUAUUUGCACCUUUUUUUUUUUUUCUCUGUGAAAGGGGGAGGCCAAAAGGGCUGUACCACAAACUGAUUUUCUGAGUUUUUAGACCUGGUUUAUUCUGACCAUUUUUGUUUGUCCUACUAAUUAGGCUGUUGUCCUGCUGAUGUGCUCUCAUAGUCAAGGGUACUUCGUGGAUGUAGUCCCAUGUGGGUAAUAUUCUACUGGUUGCGGCCUGUGCAGACAAAUGCAGAAGGAAUGUGUUUAGCAAUUUAUUCUAUUUCUCAGUUUUUUUGUCUGUCCGAAUGUUACUUUUUGUCUGACCCACAUUGAUUGAUUAUUGAUUACGACCUGUUCAUCCCUUGCCUCACAUGAACUUCCAUUAAUUACCCUGUUGCAGCAGCUGUGCAGCGCUCCUGGUUUUUCCUCCUUCAGUUUGUCCGUGCGUGUGCUCGUGCACUGCGGUCACUCCGCUGGCGCUUUUGACUGAGACAGAAGUUAUUUCCUGUGCUGCGGUGCGUCACUGCUUCUUCACUGUAAGGCUUUUAGGUCUCGGUGUCCGACACGUAUUGACACAAGCUGCAAGUCUUGGUUCCUUCUCCCUGCGCAGUUGCAUGCGGAGAGUUGCAACAAAAAAAAUACAAGGUAGCAGCGGCGACCGCGUGCAGGAAGACGCGCUUAUGCGUGCACGUGAACGCGCAGAUAGAGACAGAGUGAGAGAGAGAGAGAGAGAGAGAGAGAGAGAGAAAGAGAGAGAGAGGAUGUAGGCGCGUACUUGUGCAGUAAGAAGCAUUUCUUCGAUUUUCAGCGACGCGCACAUGCGCGCAGAGCCUGCUGAAGAGAGCGGCAGCGACACACAGACGGAGGAGAAAGGAGACGGACUAACACGCACCGUCACCGCUGAAGCACGACAUGACUCUGAAUUACUUUUUGCUGCCUUAAGGAUUAUUUUUCACGCAGGAGGCUCGAAAAGUGUCUGCGUCCAUGGACACAAGACGCGCUGGAGCGCGUUAGUGCCGCGGAGACUCUUUCACUUCAACCUCAUCCUCUACAGUCAUGUUUCUGGUCGCGUUCCUACCCGUCCUGGUCUCUUGCGCCUUCUGGAACAACAGGACCGUGGAGCAGGUGCCGUUUUUCCACGGACACGUGUUUGAGAACGCACUGCCCGGCUCCAGCGUCAACGGUCUGAGUGUCCCGCUAAAGCGCAUCAACGCGCACAGAGUCAGUGGCAGCAGCGGUGAUUCGGAGAACUGUGGGUUUAAACUCUUAGGCGACGGCAGUGAGAACUUCCGGGCGUUCCUGCAUCACAAACGCGGCCAAGUUCUGCUAAAAACCUGCACGGUUCUGGACCGGGAGCAGCGCGCAGAGUACGCGCUGGGUCUAGGUUUGUGCUGCGGUCGAAACGCAGCAGCAGCAGCAGCCACGGAGGAGCCUGGAGAGGAGGAUGAGGAAGGAGAGGAGGAGGAGGAGAAGGAUAUGCAAGAGAUCCUCCUGGUGGCCUCCAUCAAAGUGGACGUCUUGGACACCAACGACCACCAGCCAACCUUCCCAAGUGCGCACGUACGGCUAAAUCUGGAUGAUUCCACGCCGCUCCGCACCACUGUUUAUGCAGUCACCGCGAGCGACAGUGACAGUGGGAAAAAUGCCGAGCUCAUCUACUUCACUCUUCCCAGUAACGGAAGCUUUUACGCAGUGCCUAAAACCGGACACAUCCUCCUGGUGGACUCCAUCCUAGGUCUGAGCCAACCGGUCAGGUUCCAACUUUUCGCCAGAGACCGCGGGUGGCCGCCGCGCACCAGCCAGAGCGUGUCUGUGGAAGUCUAUCCAAAACAGUUCCUCGUCACGGAAACUAAAGAGAAAGUCCAACAGUCUAGAGGGACGCGGAGAACCAGGUCCGCGCUAGACCCGGACAAAACCCUUCUCAUAAACGUGUCUGAAGACGCUGGGAUCGGCUCCGUUAUUAUGAACCUGAAUCCGGUCAGGUUUCAGUCUGCAACCUUUGAGCUGGUGGAACCAGCAGAUGCGCUUAAAUCAGCGCUUAGUGUGAACCGUGACAGCGGAGAUUUAAUCAUCACGCGGCGACUGGACCGGGAAACCGAACCGCUGCUGGAGAUCACCGUCAAAGUCCAAGACAAACGAGGUCCAGACUGGUACCUGGUCAGAGUGGACUUGACUGUGACUGAUGUGAACGAUAAUACACCUGAAUGGUCUAUGGUUCCUGUUCCAUACCUGGCUGUGGUUUCCACUGAUGCCGCCGCAGGCUCUGUGGUCUACAAACUUCAGGCCGAGGACGGUGACGAGGGCAACAACGGUGAAGUGGAGUACUUCCUGUCAGAGGGUGGAGAUGGUCGUUUUGAAGUGGACAGGAAGAAUGGCCACAUUCGGACCACGGGUCUUCCUCUGCAGAGGGACAAAGAGUAUCUGCUGACCGUGAUAGCUGCUGACCGUCUGGGCAGCCGCAGCCCCCCCGCUGUAGUGUCUGUGGUGGCAGGAGCCCGACCUCCACAGUUCACCAACGCUUCCUUCACCAUCGCUAUACCAGAAAACACUCCUGAAGCACAGACUUUCCUGGUGACACCUGCUGUGUCCUUCCAGAAGAAACCCAUAAGCUACAGCCUCCUUAUCAAUCCCAGCAGCCUCUUCUCCAUCUCGGCAGAGACGGGUGAGAUCUGCCUGACCCGGACCAUUGACUAUGAGAGUGACCAGCAUCGGUACCUGCUACUGGUGAGAGCCAGCGAAGGUGUGGACAGUAUGAGCAGCGCAGCAGAGGUUCGCGUUGUUAUCGUGGAUGAAAACGACUGCGUCCCAGAGUUCCUUCAGUCCAUAUACAGUAAAGAGGGUGUUCCCGAGACGGUGACCACGGCUACAUCUCUGCUGCAGGUAUCAGCUACUGACUGCGACUCAGAAGAAAAUGCGGAGUUGACCUUCUACACCCUGAGUCAGGACUUCAGUAUUUCUCCUCAUGGAACUAUUUUCCCAGCUGCACCCCUGGACUAUGAGAGACCGAACCAUCUGUAUGAGUUUGUGGUAAUGGCUGUGGAUAAAGGGGCUGUGUCGCGCACCGGAACAACGACAGUCCGCAUCAGAAUGGCUAAUGUCAACGACGAGGCUCCGGAGUUUUCACAACCAGUAUAUCGCACCUUUGUCUCAGAGGACGCAGGCCCUAACACACUUGUGGCCACGGUACUGGCAAAGGAUCCUGAUGGAGAUGGAAUCACAUAUAAAAUUUCCACAGGAAACGAGGAAGGGAAUUUUGUCAUCGACAACCAGAAAGGUUUGAUCCGUCUGCGGUCCAGUCCUCCUCCUCGCCUCCAGGGAGUAGAGUACAUCCUGAACGUCACAGCUACGGAUGAUAACUCGUCAGGUGGACCUCAGCCCCUGUCCUCGACGGCACAGGUCAUUGUGGGAGUUGAUGACGUCAACAACAACAAACCUGUUUUUGAGAAGUGCCAACAGUACAGGGAGAGCACCUCAGUCCUGGAGAACCAGCCAGCAGGGACAUUUGUCUUACAGGUCCAUGCUGUGGACGCUGAUGAGGGUUCCAAUGGGAAGGUCACGUACGGCUUCAUGCACAAAGACUCGACUGUGCCUGCGUUCAGUAUUCACCCAGACACAGGAGUCAUGGUGACAGCAAGAAAGUUCGACCGUGAACGUCAGCGUGAGUACGCUGUAACAGUCACAGCCACAGAUCAAGCGGGUGACCCGCUGAUAGGUAUCUGUCAGCUCAACAUUUUUAUCCUGGACGAGAACGACAACAGUCCUAAGUUUGAGAACAUCCGAUAUGAGUAUUUUCUCCGUGAGGACACCAUGAUCGGUACCAGUUUCCUGCGAGUGGCAGCUCAUGAUGAUGACUUUGGCACCAAUGCCGCUAUAACGUACUCAAUGUCUAAUGAAGAACCAGAAUAUCUGAGGGUCAACCCUCUCACCGGCUGGGUUUUUGUCAACCAACCUAUAUCGCAGAGGACGUACAUUACGCGAGACAUCAUGGCCACAGAUGGAGGGAACCAGACCAGCUCAGUAGAACUGGCUGUAACCAUCACCAAUGUGAAGAAUCAGCCUCCACACUGGGAGAAGGACAGUUACAGUGUGGUCAUAGCAGAAAACACUGUCAGAGACACACCAGUGGUGACCAUCAAGGCCACAUCACCUCUAGGAGACCCCAGAGUCACCUAUAACCUGGAGGAUGGAUUGGUGCCAGAGACUAACCUGCCCGUUCGCUUCUACCUCACACCAAAUAGAGAGGACGGCUCCGCCUCCAUCCUGGUGGCAGAACCUUUGGACUACGAGACCACCAGGAAUUUUAUGCUGAAAGUUCGAGCCCAGAAUGUUGCGGCGGUCCCGCUGGCUGCUUUUACAACUGUCUAUGUCAAUGUCACUGAUGUAAAUGACAACGUGCCUUUUUUCACUUCAUCCAUUUACGAGGCUUCUGUCACCGAAGGAGCAGAGACAGGAAUGUUGGUUUUUCAAGUUUCAGCUAAUGACCUGGACUUGGGUCUGAAUGGAAAGAUCUCCUACUCACUUCUGGAAGAUCGCAGCGGUGACCACAAGUUUUUCCGUAUCGACCCGGAGCUGGGAUUUAUCUACACGCAGACUGUUUUUGACCGUGAAGCAAAAAGCUCAUACCUGCUGGAGGUGAAGUCCGUUGAUGGCUCAGAGUCAGCACGACCGGGCAAACACGGACAGCCUAAUUCUGGUGGAAAUGCCAAACUUCGAUACCAGAUCACUUCAGGAAACACAGGAGGUGUUUUUGAUGUGGAACCUGAAGUCGGGACCAUUUUCAUCGCUCAGACUCUGGACUAUGAACAGAUCAAAAGGUACCAACUCCACCUUCUGGCGUCCGAUGGAAAGUGGGAGGAUUACACAACGGUGACGGUUAAUGUGGUAAACAAAAACGACGAGGCGCCGGUGUUUACUGUGAAUGAGUACUACGGCAGUGUGACAGAGGAACUGGACGGCUCACCGGUGUUUGUCCUUCAGGUAACAGCUACUGAUCCUGAUAAGGGUGCGGACCCGGAGGCCCUGCGUUAUUCUCUUCAUGGCCAGGGUUCAGAGGGAGAGUUUAUCAUUGAUGAGGUCACAGGAAGGAUCUAUGCCCAGAGGACUCUGGACCGCGAAGAGCGCGCUGUGUGGCGUUUUGUCGUCCUAGCGACAGACGAAGGCGGUGAAGGUCUGACUGGCUUUACCGAUGUCAUCAUCAACGUUUGGGACAUUAACGACAACGCUCCCGUCUUCACCUGCGCACCAAGCUGUCAGGGAGAGGUGUUGGAGAACUCACCCGCAGGGACUUCUGUGAUGGAGAUGACAGCCACCGACCUGGACGACGCUGCUGUGGGACAGAAUGCUGUGCUGUCCUACAGAGUUGUGGGUAGUCUAGACGUCACGAACAUGGACUUAGAAGAAGUUGGAGAACGAGGAGGAGUUCCGACAUUCUCUGAAAUGUUCACUAUCAACCCGACCACUGGAACCAUCACUGUGGCCAUCAGCAGUCUGGACAGAGAGCAGGUGGAGUCGUACCUGCUGGUGGUGGAGGCAAGAGACGGAGGAGGGAUGACAGGUACUGGAACUGCUACUAUUCAGAUUAAAGAUGUAAACGACCACGUUCCCAGGUUCAUGGACCACGUCUGUCUGACCAGGAUCUCUGAGAACUCCGAACCUAACACUGAGGUUCUGGAGCUGACUGCCGAAGACAGAGACACUGGUGAAAACUCUAAGCUUACUUUCAGUGUUGUGUCUGGAGACCAGGAGCAGAAGUUCUACAUGGUCAGUCACAAACAGGAGCAGCGUGGGACCCUGAGACUAAAGAAACGUCUGGACUACGAACGCCACACUGAGCAGAGGUUCAACCUCACACUGAAGGUUGAAGACCUGGACUUCUCCAGUCUCCUCCACUGUGUAGUGGAGGUGGAGGACUACAAUGAUCACGCCCCCGUCUUCAUCCCUCACUUCCUGUCUCUGGCUGCACUCCCUGAGGACAUCGCCGUGGGAACCAGCGUUGCCCGUUUGGUGGCCAGUGAUUCAGAUUCAGGCCAGAACUCUGAGUUCACCUACAGCCUCUCCCAGGACUCAGACCCUGAAGGUCUGUUUACUAUAGACCAGUCCGGACUUCUGUAUGUAGCUCGUCCUCUGGACCGUGAAAGAACUCCUCAGCAUUCCCUGGUGGUGAUGGCAGUGGACCACGGAAAUCCUGCUCUGACAGGAAGUGCCACAGUUCAGUUGCCUCUGUUGGACGUCAACGAUAAUGGACCAGAGUUUGAGGCAGCCUAUUCUCCAGUGGUGUUUGAAAAUGUGCCGGGACCACAGGUAGUAAGACUCAACCAGACAUCCACCCUCCUCCGAGUGCUGGACCAGGACUCUCCAGAGAACGGCCCUCCCUUUCGUUUCACCAUCCCUUCUGAGUACCGUCACAGUAAUGACUUCUACCUGCAGGACCACCAAAACGGCACAGCCACCCUCAUGGCCCUGAGGACAUUUGACCGCGAGCGACAGAAGGAAUACCUCAUACCAAUAGUGAUGAGCGACAGUGGGCGUCCAGUCAAAACUGUGACCAGCACACUGACGGUCACAAUUGGUGACCAAAAUGAUCACGCCCACACUGCAGGGGAGAAGAAGAUUUUUAUUAACAGCCACCCAGGUCGGCUGCCAACCACAGUUCUUGGAAAGGUUUACGCUCCUGAUCCUGAUGACUGGGACAAUAAGACCUAUGUGUUUGAAGGACAUGUUCCCAGUUACUUCAUCCUGAACAAACGAACAGGUUUCCUCAUCGUCAAAGAGAACACACCUCCAGGAACGUACCAGUUCCAGGUGCAAGUGUCCGACGGAAUAUGGCCUGACGCCGUUUCUAAAACGACUGUGUAUGUGAGGGAGCUGAGGGAGGAGGCUGUCCAUAACUCUGCUUCACUGAGACUGACAGACAUAACAGCCAAGGAGUUUAUGGAGCUGCGAGGGAAACAGCGCAGCCGCUACGACCUGCUGAAUGACUUCCUGUCCGAGAUGCUCUCAGUUCCAGCUGAGGACAUUAACAUCUUCAGCCUGAUGGACAAGAGGGACAGAAUGCUGGACAUUCGCUUUGCUGUUUACACUGGAUUAUCGUUUCUCCGAUCGGAGAAGAUCCAUGGUUAUCUGGCUGCACAUAAACAGAAGCUUCAGUCCUUUUUGCAGGUCAGUGUUUCCCAUGUCCAGGUGGAUGAGUGCCCAAGCUCUGAGUGCUCUGGUUCCGGAGGCUGCAGUACGGUGUUGAACGUGCGCGACACGCCCACAGUGGUGGAUUGUGGGUCGAUGAGUCUGGUAUCCAUCACUGUUGAGUCUACAGCUGUCUGUUCUUGCACGGGUCGAGAACAAUCACAUCAGUCUUGUGCAUCGUAUCCCAGAAACCCCUGCUUCAAUGGCGGAGUGUGUGUGGACACACAGCACGGAUACAGGUGUCACUGUCCGGCUCAGUUUGAAGGACCCGAGUGUCAGCAGAACAGACGCAGUUUCCAUGGUAGCGGUUACGCUUGGUUCCCUCCUAUGAUCCCUUGCUUCGAGAGCCAUAUAUCACUGGAGUUCAUCACAGAUGUCCCUGAUGGACUGCUGCUUUACAGUGGGCCAUUAGCUCAGCUACAGACCUGGGACCACGAGGACUUCAUGGCCAUAGAGCUGAUAGAUGGGACUCCCACACUGAAAAUCAACCACGGCUCUGGCACUGUGGUGCUUCAGUUACCAAGCAACGUGAACGUGGCAGACCGGCGCUGGCAUCGGCUGGACAUCCGCAGCAACAGCAAGGAGGUGCGUUUCACUUUGGAUCGCUGCUCUGGAGCGGCAGUGAUGGAAAUGGAAGGUCUGGGAACAUGGUUGACCACCGAGGAUCACUCUUCCUGUGAGGUGACAGGCGUCACACCCAACACUGACAGACACCUGAACAUGAGCCAGGUUCUGCAGCUCGGUGGCGUGAAUGAGGACAUUCCCUACAUUUACCCUCAGCUCCAGCACAAACACUUCACUGGCUGCAUUCGCAACCUGGUGGUGGACAGCAAGCUGUAUGAUUUGGGCUCUCCCGCCGAUUUUCAGUCUAGCCUUCCUGGCUGUGCCACCACUGACAACAGCUGCGUCAACAUGGGCUACCCUUCAUGUGGCCAACAGGGGCGCUGUCAAGGCGAAUGGGGCUCCUUCAGCUGCCAGUGUGUGCCUGGAUUCACCGGACAUCAGUGUGAAGAGGAGGUUCGGGAAUAUUCCUUUGACGGACACAGUCACGUUCAUUACCAGUUGGCUUCUCCGCUCCCAGCCCGCAGAACCUCAGUUCAGGUCCUGGUUCGAACUCGAAAGCACAACAGCACCAUCUUAAAUCUUAUCUCAAAGGAGAAAAACGAAUACCUGAAAGUUGAAGUCUUCCAGGGCCUUCUCGCUGUUUUCUUCAACCUUGGGGAUGGAGACUACAACAUUGUCCUGCCCACGUAUCGCAUCGACAACGGAGAAUGGCAUGAGGUACUGCUGGACCGUCAAGACAAUGAGAUGACAUUGAGGCUAGACGGAGGCGGGGGUCAACGAGAGGUCACGGGGUCCCACGGUCGGAGUCGAGAAAUCAUCAUCGAUCCGAGCAUGGUGAUUUUAGGAAAUACCUUUCCAUCAGAAAUCAACAAAAGCUUCCAGGGCUGUAUGAAGGACUUGCGUCUGAAUGGACGGUACAUUCCUCUGGAGAGUCAGCCGCGUGACGGGGUCUCCCAGGUCAGCGUUCAGGGGCUGUCCCUCGGCUGCCUUUCCGACUCUUGUAAGAAGAACCAAUGCAAACCUCCAUUCACCUGUGUGGACCUCUGGAGAGUGCACGAGUGCAGAUGUCCUCCAGGUCACAUGAUCCGCGUGAACGGCUCCAGAAGAACCUGUGUCUACACCUUAUGUGCCACUCGUCCAUGUCACCACGGGACCUGUGUGGCCCAGUCUCCGUCUAAGUUCACUUGUCAAUGUCCAGAGGGCUACAGGGGGCGCCACUGUGAGACCCCGUUGGCCAUUUACAGAGAGGACGUGGGUCUGAGUUUCAGCUCUCUGUUCGCCAUCGUCAUCUGCUUCAUGGCUCUGUUAGUUUUGUUGUUGGGAAUUUUCCUCUACAACCGCUGGAGAAGCUACAAAGGUCUGAAAGAAGGUGUCUAUCAUGUUUCUGCUCAUCACGACGGCUGGGAGGACAUUCGAGAAAACGUCCUUAACUACGACGAGGAGGGAGGAGGGGAGGAAGACCAGAAUGCCUACGACAUGGCGGAGCUGCAGAAAUCCCUCCAACCAAGUCCGGCUCAGUCAGUACAGUACUGUCGUUCCAGAGCUCUGCACCAUCCUCCUCCUCAGGCUCCUCCUCAUCAUCAUCACCUUUUGCACCAGACCCCCCCAGCUCCUCCCACCUCCCAGCAGCCUUUGGAGUCACUAAGCAGAACCACCAGCUCAACCACACUGCCACAGUCUGUGGCCUCCACCACCUCCACAAACACCACUACCGGCAUCAGCGUCCGCAGGGACAUCCCACCCACGCGACUCCCUCCACAGGGUCAGACUCGCUCCUCCAGGCUGUCUCACCGUUCCCUGUCCUUCUCCAGCCAGGACCUGGCUCGGUAUCUGUGUGAGAUCAUCAGAGAUGCUGACCAGCAUCCUGACACGGGUCCAUUUGACUCCCUGCAGGUCUUCUCCACAGAGGGAGGUGGUUCCCCAGCUGGGUCGCUUAGCUCUUUCAGCUCAUCCAUUUUAGAAGGAGCGGGCGACGGGGGAGGAGAAGGGAGGAGGGAGGAGACACUGGGAGAUUGGGGGCCUCGCUUUGAGAAGCUGAGAGCUUUGUACGAGCAUGCAGAGUCCAGCAACCUCUAAGAGACUGCAGCGGGCUGAAGACAGCCUCCAGUCCAAAAACAACCUACGAGCAGACACUCAGCAGUGAUGAAGACAGAGGAAGCUGAAUUGAUAAAGACAACCCGUGAUCUUUCUGCCUUUAUUGACGAUUGUUUUUUUCAAUUAGCAAAGGACUUUAAACCUCCUGGACAGGACAAUGGCGUUUCUGCUCUAGCCAAAGAAGCUAAGCUUCAGUGUCCUAGCCAGGGGUGGAAAUACAAAACUAAACUCCUCUCCUUGAGCUGCUCUGUCUAAACUAAUGUGAAUCAAAACAGACAAAAGUUUUGACAUAAAACAUAUUUUUAGCACCUUGUUGCUGAAGUCAAUCUUUGUACAUUAAAUAAAAGAUGGUUUAUCUCACGCUGUGCCACUACGUAACGAACACAGUGGUGGUGAGUGUGAUGGGUUGCCGCUACAGUCGGAAUAUUUUUGUUUUUGUUUUUUUUUAAAAAAUGUAUAAAUUAUUUUCUGUAUCCUACUGUGGUUCACACUACUUCUGCUGUUUCUACUCUUUUUUUCUGGUUCUAAAGAAAGCGAACUACUUGUCAUUGUGACACAGCACACCACUGCACACAACGAAAUGUGACCUCUGCUUUUAACCCAUCACCAAAGUUAGUGGUAAAUUGGCAGCUAGUGGACUCAAACCUGAAACCUUUGGAACCCCAUUCCACUUCCUUAACCACCACUGCCCCACCUGAAACCUACGAAAACGAACUCUCUCCCACCAAAGUCCAGAGAGAAACCAAUGAUUUUACAUUCCCUUACAGGGAAACAGAAGAAGUUCUGCGGUUGUCUCUGGUUCUCUGUGUCACUGAGCUAACAAUCAAACACAGGAAUCCAAACAGUAAAGUCACAAACACACCUAAACUUAGUAGCGACAGCUGUGGAACAGCAACUGCUGUUUCUCUGUCACAGACUAAAACUGAAAAUAUUUGAGUUUUUUCAUUAUUAUUAUUUUCACAUUAGUAAAACAUUUUCUUCCGUCACAGCCAUAUUUUCAAGCUAAAAGAUUAUUUUGAUGGGAACAACUUUAGUCCGGACUCAGAAACAGCAGAGUUAGUGUGGACGCAGACCAUGUCCUGGAGUUUUAGUGAAUUGUGUGGACGAAGUGUUUUCACUGCCUGACUGUAAACAGCUUCUGUCAAUGUUUGGAAUAGAAAAACAAAAAGGUUCAACCAUCAA